UGGUACGGGAGUACUCUGUAUUAUAUACUCCUAGGACGAUUACUCCUAGUACACUCCUACUCUAACUCUCUUGAUCUCUAGUGACAGUACAGUUUUCUGCUAGAUCCUUUCUACUUUCCCAUAUACGUAAGUCUGCAUUCCGAUCUUUUCAGGAAAGUUUAGGAUUUAUUAAAAAAUCUAAACCCGUUUUUCUUUAUCUUGCGCCUGAUAAUCGAGCGUGUCAAUCAAGACGAUUUUUUAUGUUUUUUCUUGUGCUUUUCGAAUCCCAGAAUCAGCAGUGACUAGGAAGAGAUGUCUAAAACAGGAACCUUUGAUUUCGCAUCUGGUCUUGGUGGCAAGAUCGACAAGUCCGAGGUUUUGUCUGCGGUUGACAAGUAUGAGAAGUACCAUGGUUAUUAUGGAGGUGAAGAGGAGGAGAGAAAGAAUAACUACACUGACAUGGUCAAUAAAUACUAUGAUCUUGUGACUAGUUUCUACGAAUAUGGUUGGGGAGAAUCAUUCCAUUUCGCACCGAGAUGGAAUGGAGAAACCCUUCAAGAGAGUAUUAAGCGUCAUGAACAUUUCCUUGCUUUACAAUUAAACUUGAAACCCGGACAUAAGGUCUUGGACGUAGGAUGUGGAGUUGGCGGCCCAUUAAGAGAGAUCUCUCGAUUCAGCCUAACAAAGAUCACAGGCCUCAACAACAAUGAAUAUCAGAUAUCCAGAGGAAAGGAGUUGAACCGUAAAGUCGGCUUAGAUAAGACUUGUGACUUUGUGAAGGCAGACUUCAUGAAAAUGCCCUUUCCCGACAACAACUUUGAUGCUGUAUAUGCAAUCGAAGCUACUUGCCAUGCUCCUGAUGCAGUUGAAUGCUACAAGGAGAUACAUAGGGUACUAAAGCCUGGGCAGUGUUUUGCUGCUUAUGAAUGGUGCAUGACUGAUUCCUACGAUCCAAACAACUCGGAACACAAAAGGAUCAAGUUAGAAAUUGAGCUUGGUAAUGGGCUCCCAGAUGUAAGGUUAACUACGCAAUGUCUUGAAGCGGUCAAGCAUGCAGGAUUUGAAGUUGUUUGGGAGAAGGAUCUCACGGAGGACUCACCCAUCCCUUGGUAUUUGCCAUUGGAUACAAGUCACUUCUCACUCAGUAGCUUCCGUCUAACAGCAGUUGGACGUCUUUUAACUAGAAACCUUGUCAAGGCACUAGAAUAUGUGGGAGUAGCUCCUAAAGGAAGCCAAAGGGUUCAAGAUUUCUUAGAGAAAGCUGCAGAAGGACUUGUCGCUGGCGGGAAGAAAGGUAUCUUCACGCCAAUGUAUUUCUUCGUGGCACGAAAGCCGAUGUCAGGCAGCGGGUAAUGGAAAAGCAAGGUGUAUUUGAUUUUCAUGUGCGAGUAUGCAUUUGGCUUCCUAGCUCUUGCUAGUUGGCUAACUGGGAUUUAUUGGUUUCAUCAUAAAAGUUGCUAGUCAACUCCUGCUUUUAACUUGAGUGAUCUUAUUAGUUCUUUCUGUCUAGUAUCAUUGUUCCAGACCUGGUAACAUAAUAUAGUUUGGUCCAUAAACCCCUUAGUUCACCGCGAUGGUGGCAAACAUCAUCUUGUAAAGGUAGGUGCUCCGCUUGAGAUGUGAUUGUUGAGUACUACAAUCCAUUAAAACUCAUUUAAUCUUUCUUUUCUUUUGGUUGGUUAAGGUCUGUGUUUGUGAUUGAUAAAACAACCCUUAUUAAAGUCAUGUUGGGAUCGCUUCAUUUGUUAAAUGCAUCUUAAAACAUGUUUAAUUUUCUUCUUCUUUUGGGACAUCUCUUUUUCUUUUGUUACACGAUCAACGAACAAGGUGUCUCAUGUCUUUGC